UUCUGCCACAAUACAGAUCCAACGACGUCGUCACAGCUGUCCCUAAUUAGGUUUAAAUGAUCGUUUAAAACCCUCGAUUAAAGUGUGAGUGAAAGUAAUCUGGGGUCCUUACAGUAUAUAAAGUGAGGAGGCAGUUCGUUGGCUGUCGAAAACAGAAAGUCGGAAAAACUUUGGUCGCUUCCGGGAGAGCAGAUUCAUCUGAGAAGAAAGAAAGAAAGCUGCGUUGGUUAUGGCGACCACCAAAGUCUACGUCGUAUACUAUUCAAUGUAUGGACAUGUGGAAAAACUAGCUGAGCAGAUAAAGAAAGGUGCAUCAUCCGUUGAAGGAGUUGAAGCUAAACUAUGGCAGGUCCCGGAGACCCUAUCCGAUGAGGUUCUUGCAAAGAUGAGUGCUCCUCCAAAAAGUGAAGUGUCAAUAAUUCAACCUGCUGAUCUUGCUGAAGCCGAUGGCUUCAUAUUCGGCUUUCCUACAAGAUUCGGCAUGAUGGCUGCGCAGUUCAAAGCAUUUCUUGAUGCCACUGGUGGCCUGUGGAGGACACAGCAACUUGCUGGAAAGCCUGCUGGGAUUUUCUACAGCACUGGCUCUCAAGGCGGCGGACAAGAAACCACAGCGCUGACUGCGAUCACUCAGCUCGUUCACCAUGGAAUGAUCUUUGUGCCCAUCGGUUACACAUUUGGCGCUGGCAUGUUUGAAAUGGAGAAAGUAAAGGGCGGAAGCCCUUAUGGUGCCGGAACUUAUGCUGGUGAUGGUUCCAGGCAGCCUUCUGACAUUGAAUUAGAACAGGCUUUCCACCAAGGGAAGUACAUCGCCACCAUUGCCAAGAAACUCAAGGGCAGCGGCGCCUGACAGAUCAAUCCCUUCAGGUUCGAAAUACUCUACUAUGUCUCUUGAUUCAUCGUAUAAUGUUGAGGUUGCUUUAAUUGCCAUAUUUGGAUACCAUAUAUUGUUUGAUGAGAUUGCACAUGUAAUUCUUGAAAUAUCAAUAUUCAUAUAUAUGCUCUCCUGAAUACACACACACACACCCCUACCUACCUGUCUACACAGAUUAUUGCCUAUAUAACAACUUGAAGUUUAUUACAAUUUCUAACAUAAAUUUGAUGCUCUCUUGUUUGUAUUAUAAUGUAUUGUCCUUGUCCAGUCCAGUCCAGCCUUGUUGUACUUUCAGUUCUACCAUUUGCAUUCUACUUGUGUUGUUGUGUUGUGGAUUGAGAAAUUAUUAGGCGAUUUUACAUGUUGGAGCAGAUCAUGAGAUCAUCUGUCUGGUUAUUUAAUUUAUUUUGCCGUGA